AUGUGUUUGGUUACUAUGCAGUGAGGGUUAAGCACAUAGUACUGUCAAAUUCAUGCAUUUAUGGCACUUAUAUCAAAAGGAAUGAGAGGAAUAUGAAGGAGAUUCGUUUGUAAUACAAGAUAGGUCCGAUUUUCAUCAUUUAGUAUUGUUAAGUUGGGAUGUUUAGUGAGAAAACUUGUCUUCUGCUACUAAGCUUUGAUUUGGCAUGUGGCUUCUACGCAUUUGAUAAGCAGAAGAUAUUUAAGUGUGGAAGUUAACUUAGUUGUUGCAAGUUAAGUUAUAGUCGUCAUUUUUUGCUUGAAAAAUGAAUGGCAUUAGCUAGAGACAUUAAGUACUUGUGAUUUGUGAGCUCAGUUUAGUUUAUGGACGCUUGAAUUGUUUGCUUUUGAGAGAGACAUUUUAUUAAUUUUGGAGAAGGGGUGGCAUGUUCUAAAAAUGGAAUCUGAAGUUGUGGAAAACGGAACAAAGGAUACGGGGAAGGAUGCUGGACUGGUGAUGGAUACAGAGGAGAAAGAGAAUGAGAAGAACAGAGCAAAUGUUUCAGAGGAGCUUGGGGAUGGAGAGCCAAAACCUGUGACGGAUUUAGAACAGAAAAUUGUGCAGUCUGAGAAUAAUAAAGUGGACUCUGGUGUUUCUUCGGCUGAGGCCCCAAAUCAAAAGAUAGAAAAGGAUGAAAACAAUAAAAACGCUAAAGAUCAGGAAGGUCAAAAGGUUGAAAAUGAUACAGCAAAAAAAGAAGAGAAACCAAAAUCAAAAUCAAAAAGUAAAAAGGCUAAGAAAAACAUUUUUAUUUCAUAUUCCCCGGAUGCGGGAUUUGUUGAGAGGAAAUUUGUUGUUGAGACUGUGAAGCAGGUAAAGGAGAAUAAUUUAGCGGAGGAUCUCUGGUUUGACAAGGAUGAAAAAAAUACGGACAAUCCUUGUUGGUUCUCAUUGCGGAUGGAGGCGGUUGAGAGAUGCAAGGCAGCGGUGGUUGUCCUGUCCGAUAGUUACUUCAUGUGUCCAGUGUCUGUGUAUGAGGGAAGGACAUUGUUAGAGAGACAAAAAGCUGACCCAAAGUCAGUGAAAAUAUUUCUGGUCCUCUUCAGCCCGUUGGAGGAAACGGAAAUCCCGAAGCAGUAUUUUCAUUUACUUGAUAACAUGGUGGACUUGACAAAUGUCCAUGCCAAAAAAAGUAUCGCAGAAAAAACAUCAGUGGUAGUCGGAGCCAUCAUGGUCGAAUUGGAGAAAUUUGCAACAGUUUUGGCUCCUGCGUCCCCUGCCACUCCACCAUAUGCAGAAUUCACCGGAGAAUACAAAAAGAAAAAAAUAUGUCAGUGGUCUGCUAGUGAUUUACAGGAAUGGCUAUUCACACUUGGAAUCAAAGAAUUUUACCGCCAGAAUUUGGCGGAGAAGAUGGUAGAUGGCUUCUUGUUAAUGUCGUUGACUGAUCAAGACAUGGUACUCCAGCUCGGAAUUGACAGUCGAGUUGUCCGGAAAAAAAUGAUGCAGCAAAUCUUACUAACUUUAGACAAGGAGCAUAAGCUGGCAGAUAAUUGGCAUCUGAGGGCUCGGACACAGCGACCAAAAUAUAAUGCGGUGUAUUUCGUCUACGACCCAGCAGACGUCAAACUUGCUCAGACCAUGAAACAAGACCUUACCAAGAAAAACAUUCAGGUACUCCAUCACCAAAAGCUUGGACAAUCAAAGGAAGAGUUUCUACAAAUCAAUGGUCCAACGAUAGCCGCUGCGUCACACGUCCUUGUCCUAAUGACGGAGAAAGCAGCAAGUUCUCCAUUCGUCUUCCAUGAAAUCCUCUUCUCUGAUUGGCUCGGCAAGAAACUGGUCACAGGGAUGUUUAAGGAUACGUGGAGCUCUCUGCGACCAUCUCUGAAAGCCAUUCUUGGCGAGUGUCCUGCAAUAGAUUUCGAGACCAAGCUCUAUACUGAAAGUGUUGAUGUGUUGGAACACCACAUCAAGCCGUUGAAGACCGUCCCUGGGGUCGUACUGGAGCAGGCAUAUUUAAACAAAAUGGCCGAAGGUUUAAAGCCGCUCAGUGUUUUAGUGAACGCACCAGAUGGUCCGAUAGAAUGGCAAGUCGAGGAGAAAGAACUAAAGAUCUUCAUCAGUUACCAGUGGGAUAUGCAAUCAAAAGUCGAGGAUGUGCGCCAUCUUUUGGAGGCAAGUGGAUUCAAAUGUUGGGCUGAUAUCAGUCCGACGAUGCAGCGGGGCUACAGCAGCAUGAGUGCUCGAAGUCUUGGUACAAAUAGCGUCAGCAGUACCGUUGUCAUGGAUACUGGGAACGAAACACUUCAGUCACAAAUUCAGCGGAAUAUGCGUGCGGCAGCGGUUGUCCUUUGUUGCAUAACACCAAAAUACAUGCAGAGUGAUAACUGCGUGAAAGACCUGACCCUGGCUGAGACUCUUCAUAAGCCCAUUGUGCCUCUCAUGUUACGAUUCUCACCAUGGCCACCAGAGGGAGCACCGGCACAAGUGCGUAAAAUCUUGUCCCGGGUUUCUCACAUUGAUCUCAGUAAUGAGAAAUUGUAUAAACAGAAUCUCCCUCUUGUUCUUGAUAAAGUGAAAAGGUUAGUCAACUCAAAGUGAUUCAAAAUGGUAACAGUCAAGUGUAAUCAUCGGAAGUUGACUUGUGAAUGAUUCUAAUGAUAGUUGGCUUGUGAAUACACUGUUCUAAACAGGUGUAGCUGAUUUGAGUAUAGGGAAGUACCCAAGUGAAAUAAGAAUCCAUCCACUGUUCAACACUUGAAUGUUUAUAAAGAUUUUUUAUGUGUAUUUGUCCUGUAUAGCUCAAGUAUGGUGAUUUAGCAUAUUUUUCAAUGAAAGAUUAGAACAAUCUGGUUUUAUCAACCAUUAUUUUAAUAAAAUGUUCUUUGAA